AUGACGCCAUUACAGCCUCUAUUUGAUUACCCAAAGCAAAACACUGAAAGAAUCAGCAGAAUGAUCUUUUCAGCGUCAAAGAAAAUAUCUAAAGGUGAAGAUACUUUAGACGACAGGUACAAGUGGAGGGAAUAUGGCCAGAAAACAGAGGACAGACUAAAUCCAAGGAGCUAUUUCAAAUGUGUUGAAGGAGGUUGCUUUGCUAAAAAGCGAGUGCAGAGAUCUGAAGAAGACCCAACCAUUGUCGAAAUCACAUACAAGGGAUGUCACACUUGCACAGAGGCCUCCAGUGUAACAGAUUCAUCCAUGAAUAAUCAGGUUUACUUAACCACUCAAUGUGGGGUAGAUGAUGAUGAUAUUGACAAUGAUCUAGUAUUUGGUCGUGUUUAG